AGCAGGCCUUCAUGGCUAUAGAUGCGAGGAAAGGCUGAGAUUGACAGGCCGAACGCUCCGAGGGUUUGGCGCUGGCACAAUACCAACUUGUCUUCAUCCUGUCCGAGCCAGCCUUCACUUCUCAGCUGGGGUCGGUUGGGUCUCGUGAGAACGCCUUCGAUAUUCUCUCUAGAGGCAACUUUUCUAGUUCGUGUGAAAUUCUCUUGCAUGUACUAAAUAGUCGUUCGAUCGACCUUCUGAAACGCAGCUCAGAGUCAUCAUCGCGUCUGGGAGGUUUGCAGUAGCGCACAAUACUGUCACGUUUGGCUGUUGACGAUGGUGUAGCUCCGAUUAAUCAGCGGCGUUGAGAUCCCCCGAUCCAAAAAUGACGGAAGCUGUGGCGAUAGCUGCAGGCAUCACGGCCGUCAAAGCAGUGGUGGGAAGACUUCUGUCGGAGAUCGUGAAGAAUUCCACGCUUCCGGAAUGGAAUCGCAACAAGAACGCCAGGCAGGUGGGCAGGAUGCUGGCCCUGCUGAAGCCGAUCGUUGAUAGCAUUGAUCCGCACACCGCUCCAAUUACGGUGGAAGAUUGGCUGCAGAGUUUGCGCACGAGGUUAGAAUGCUUAGCGCUCCUGCUGCAAGAGAUCAGUCGCAGCAAGCGGAGCCGGUUCUCUAUUUCUCAGCAUUCUAAUUCCAAGAGCCUGGUGAAGGAGAUAGAGCUGCUCAGCGAGAUUCUGUCCACAGCUCCAGUUGUGGUGUUGUCACUAUCCAUUGCGGCUUCUGCAGAUGUGCCUGGGCUGCACGAGCGGUGCAAGGAAAUCAGUGAACAACUAGAGGAGUUUCGGAAUGAGAUGCGGGGGCAGGGUUUGGCUCAGAUCACCAGACUGGCACUCGAGACGCCGACCAACUCGUAUGGCAACUCAGUCGACUUGAUGACUGCGAACAGGGCGUACUCGUCUAUCAGGAAUGAAGCGGAUGCCAUCCUCUUGACUUCCUCAGACACUAGUACUUCGCUAGAAGCUUCGAGCUCCACUGACAGGCCGCUCGGCGUGGACAUUGAGACGGUGUUUGGCGGAGACGAGGUGGUGGAUGAAGCAAAGCAGCUGUUGCUCGACGAGAAUACGAACAAGUUAGGGUUAUGGGCAUCAGGUGGGACAGGGAAGACGCUUGCCGCACAGCGAGUCUUCAAUGACGACGCUAUUCAAGCGCACUUCACAGGAGGCUGCUUCUGGCUCACCGUCGGAAGAGCCUUAUCCUUGGGGAGCCUCCUUCACAACCUCCGAUUUUCGAUCACUGGGCUCUCAGACGCUCGCCGGAAAAUCCCCAUCGAAGAUUUGAGUAAUCAGCUGUGUAAGGAGCUCCAAAAUAAGAAGAAUAUGCUCGUUGUUUUGGACGAUGUUUGGGAAGAACAUAUGCUACGCUCGGUGGAACUUGUGGUACCCUUAAGAGCGGGGUGCAAAAUCUUCGUCACCACUCGCAUCGACCAGGUCUUAAACAAAAACCAUGUGACGAAGCUCCCAGUUCCCUUGCUAUCUUCAGAGAACAGCCGGAAGUUGUUCUGCUGGCAAGCAUUUCGAGGGACCGCUCUUGUGCCCCCGGAGCUCAAAAAGCUAGCCCAGGACGUCACGGCCGAAUGUGGGGGGCUUCCGCUGGCGCUCAAAGUUAUUGGCAGUGUGUUUGCAGGGAAAACUGACAGGGGCUUUUGGGAGUUAUCGUUGAAGAAGCUGAGGAACGCGGAUGUUUUAGACCAGGAUCACGAAACACAGCUCUACAAUCGACUCAAACUCAGUGUCGAUGAGCUUGCAUCUAUCCAUCCUAGGCUCAAGGAUUGCUUUCUUUACUUCGCUGCAUUUCCAGAGGAUUGGAAAGUACAGGUAUACGACGAUUUGCUUCCGUUGUGGACAGGGGAACGGAUUGUGGGAGAGAAUUCUCAGUAUGAUCCGAAGCUGCAAGCAUGUGAGCUGGUCGGCUGGCUGGUCUCCCGCUCGCUGAUCGAGCUCAAAAGUGAGAGGUCGGUUGCAGGCUCCAGCGAGCAGUUUUUGUACUGGACGGUGCACGAUGUGCUUCGAGACUUGGCGCGCCACAUCCUACAGCACAAUGUGGCCAUCACCCAGCGAGAGUGCCUGUAUGAGGCAGGGCGGGACUUGGAGUUUCCUCGUGAAUGGGCUACUUCUCCUGACGCUAAGGAUCCAGGAAGAGUUUGUAGAUUGUCUGUCAUGUCGACAAACCUCAAGGAGCUACCUCCCAAACUCUUGGAUGCCCCUAAGCUGCAGGUUCUUCUGUUACGAAAUAAUCCAUUGAAGAUUUUUCCCGGGAUCUUCUUCAACAAUCUUCGCAACAUCCGCGUUCUAGAUCUGAGGCGCACUUCUAUCACUUCGCUGCCGAAGAGCGUAGGAGCCCUCGAGCUUCUCUCAGUCCUUAAUGUAGCUUAUACGCCACUAGUGACGCUUCCAGCCUCUCUCGGGAACUUAGCCGGCAUGGAGCAGCUCCAUCUUGAUCACUGCAAUAGCCUCACUUACCUACCUAAUAGUCUGUCUUCCCUCACUAGAUUGCGAAUUCUGACAAUUAACACAUCUGCCGAUGUGUGGAAAGAUCGUUGGAGUGUGUUCAGAAGGAGAUGUGUGUUGCAGGACCUGGUUGCCUUGGUUGCCUUGGAACAGUUGUGCCUCAGUAAUUCUGGUUUCAAGGCCGCAACAUUCCCAGCUGGAUUGCUGACGGCACUGACAAGGCUCCAGAAGUUGGAUCUGCUGAGAUUUGAGCACCUUUGUGAGUUCCCAGAUCUUACACCUGAUGACUUGCAGCACUUGGAAUUCCUCAACCUCACUAGAUGGAGGGGCCUCACCUCUAUCCCUGCUUCCUUUUGCUCCCUCCCGCUUCUGCACACCUUGAUCCUCACCUUCUGCACGAGUUUGCUCUUCCUUCCCGCUCUAGAUCGCCUCUCAAAUUUGGUGAUGUUGGACCUCACUGAAUGUUCUGCACUGGAGGUUCUACCAGCCACCUUUGGCAGGAAAGAUGGCUUUCCAGCUCUCGAGGAGUUAUGGUUGUAUGGAUGUGAUAAAGUUGCAACUUUUCCAGAGUUGGAGGAUGGUGGAAUGCCGUGCCUAAAACACCUUGAUCUUUCAGGGUGGUGUCAGCUUGACACUAUUCCAAGGUCAAUUGCCAGAUUAAAAAACUUACGAUUCUUGGGCCUCUCGUUAUGCUUCAACCUAAGGACCAUGGAGCAUGAGCAUUUCAGCUUCCGGAGCCUUGCCAACCUUGAAGAACUCGUUUUGGAUUCCUGUAGCGCACUCUCCCAAGUGCCUGAAAGCCUUGCUCUGUUACCCCACUUCAGACUGCUGAGAAUGAGGUCGUGUAAUGCUUCUAUCUCUGUGCAACUGAAGCAAGCAAUUUCGGAGGGAAGAGUGACAUUAAUGCGCUAAAUUACUCUCUCUCAUGUAAGUAAUUCCACCUUAUGUAUAAGGCAUGAAGCCAUUCCGUUUUCUUCGAUAGGGUGGGAUGUCAAGAUUGCAUGCUAAAAAAUGAAAUGAUAAUUAGAGAAAUUCAAAAAGUGAGCCAACAAGAUACCUUGAGUUCUGCUCCAAAGUAUCUCCUAUUUUAUUCCUUCCAUUAGAAUUUUAUUAAGUAUAGUUUCCUUAUUAAGUAUGGAGGCGCUUGGUGGUCUUUAAACCAAAGGAAAAAUAAUUUUGCCGUCAACAAAAACAACUAGACUAAUUGUUUAGAGGCCACCAAGCUCUUUCAUACUUAAUAAAGUAUUAAACUCAAUAAAAUUUGUAAUUGAAGAGACAAUAUAGGGUAUAUAUUGGAAUAAAACUUAGGGUAUCUUGGUUCAAAUUUCAAUUUUUUCUAAUUACUCUUAGCACAAAUAUAAGUCGUAAGAAAGCUAGGCAGCAAAACAUCCAAUGUGGAACAACAUACUAUGUGGAAAAUUGCAAGCAGGUUGGAGAUUUUUUCUGUGCUCCAUUUAUGUCUCAGCUUUUGAUAGUUUGUGAGGCUGCAAAUGGUCACUGUUGAUUAGCUUGGUGGCACAUUGAUAUCCCUCUGGGUAUAGUUGAGUGUGAGAUUGUCAUGUACUUUGCAUGUUCUUAGGGAGAUAGGACAGUACUGUACUCUCUUGCCACGAGCCCAUUUCUUUCUGGAGAUUAUAUGUGAUCAAUCUGAUGUAAUCAAUAAAUUUUAUGUGCUUUUGUGAUUAUCGGAA